GACUCCAUUUCCCAGAAAGCUCAGCGUGUGCUCUUUGUAGCGUGGGCUAUGGAUCCACUGGUCUCAGAGCUCAAGCAAAAGGUUGAAGACACGUUGUGUCCUUUUGGCUUCGAGGUUUAUCCCUUUCAGUACUCGGGAGGCUGCAGCAGGAGGAUGACUGAAAGUUCGAAGCUCGAGAUAUUUUGAGACAUUAGGUAAAAGAGAUCAUACUCGUGGCUUGGUACAAUGAACUCCUGCCUUCAACCUUCCACCUACCCCUUCCAGGACCUACUCUGGCCUUCCUAGUACUCAGCACACCUGCCAUGUUUGACCGGGCCCUCAAACCAUUCAUACAGAGCUGCCACCUCCAACCACUGACCGACCCGGUGGAUCAGUGUGUGGCCUACCACCUGAGGCGUGUUACAGAGAGCCUCCCAGAGCUGCAGGUAGAAGUCAUUGCUGACUAUGAGCUACACCCUAAUCGGCGUCCUAAGAUCCUGGCCCAGACAGCAGCCCAUGUGGCAGGGGCUGCAUACUACUAUCGACGACAAGACGUGGAGGCUGACCCGUGGGGGUCCCAGCACAUAGCAGGUGUGUGCAUACACCCUCGAUUUGGAGGUUGGUUUGCCAUCAGAGGGGUGGUGUUGCUGCCAGGGGUCGAAGUACCAGAUCUACUGCGCAGAAAGCCCCCUGACUGUGUGCCUUCAAGAGCUGACAGAAUUAACCUGCUUGAAAGCUUCAAUUUCCAUUGGCAAGACUGGACUUAUCGGGAUGCUGUGGCACCCCAGGAGCGGUACUCAGAAGAACAGAAGGCUUACUUUUCCACACCACCUGCUGAACGCCUGGCCCUAUUAGGCUUAGUCCAGCCCUCCAAGGAGCCCAGUACACCUCCUGAAAUUCCCUUGACCAAACUUGAGAAGCCAAGAGGCAGAAGCUGGCUUAGUCCCAGUGCCUCACCACCUGCAUCCCCUGGCCCUUAGUAUCACUCUCUGUAGGACCCCACUUAUAGUGGUACUUGCCAGGACUUAAAUGGCUUUGGCACAGCAAGGUUUUAUUUCCUACAGGAAAUAACUCCUUCGGUUAAAGAAAUCUUUUACGAAUAAAGCUUAAGGCGCUGGGGAUUUAGCUCAGCAGCAUAAGCGCCUGCCUUGCAAGCAGGCAGUUAUGAGUUCGAUCCCUGGUACCGAUAAAAAAGGAAAAAAAGAAAAAGCUUAAAUUGUAAAGACAAGUCAAAGAACCCUCACCUGCCUUGGACUAUGGAUGGGACUGUAAGUCUUUGUAGUACUCCCAAGGUUAACUACUAGUUAAGACCCUAAGGGGCUAACUAGUGACCACUUAAGUUGUGAAGACUGAAUAAAUGGCAUCUAAAACAUGCUGAAACAGAUAGUAAAA